CCCCAAAUUACCAGAAAGCAUUAUCUGAAUCUCAGAUUUACACUUUUUAGGUCAAAAAAAGAAUUAGGUACGCACAUUUUUACAUACUACUGAACAGCGAAGACUCAAGUUUGCAUAACGAGAAAGGAAAAGAUAAUACAUCCUUGUCAAGCUCAUUUUAAUAUUGUCAAAUUGUUUAUACUAUAAAUUCCAAUGGUAUUGCCAUUAUUUUUCCAGCUAUUAUGUUGAACUUUUUUGGUUUUCUAUCAAAUUUCCACAUUCGUUUUGCUGUGCCGUGAUCUUAUAAUUUAGAUUACAUUUUGUUCACGAUGAAGGUUCAAAAUUUGCUGUUUUCCUACUUGUUGGGAAUACUGCUCCUUGUCCAUGGAAUUGCUGGUGCUGAUAGUGAAACAUCGUCUGUUUCAUCAACAUUGUCCUCCACAACUACUACAACUUCUUCUCUUGCUUCAACCUCCUCUGUUCAAACAUUAUCUACCAUCAAGGGUAUUACCACCGUGUCCACUGAUAUUUAUCGUGCAACCACUCUUUCUUCAUUGUGUGCACAUGCUUCCCAAACUGGUGAUUUGAAUGGUAAACAUUACAGAGCUGCUUAUGAUAUCACUGGUAGAAACACAGGUACUAUUAUCGUUUCUCGUGUUUUAACCGUUACCUGGUUUUUCCAGUUUGAUAGACCUUUGAAUGCCACUGGCUUCAGUGUCUCCAAAGCAGGUUUGGAAAUAUCUAAUGUUAAAGGUAGUGUCAAUUUAGAAGAUGGUUCAUUUGUUGUAUCAUAUGAUGUUACUCUUCCAUACUUGACAAUCAUUGUUUCUGUUCCACUUUAUUGUGCUGCUGAUUAUGUUACUUUCCAAUUUACUGUUCCUCCUGCUUCAUUUGUUACGCAGGAUAAACGUGAAUUACCUCCUGGUCUGGAUAGUUAUGAUCUUUUCAAGCGUGACCAGUUCUCGGAAGCGAGAUAUGAUGAUUAUAAUGAUUAUGGAUAUCCACUUGAUGGAACAUAUUAUGAUGAGAAUGGGUUACAAAAGCGUGCUAACGAUGACACCCGUUAUUAUGCUUUUUACGUUGGUACUGCCGGUGCUGUCAUUGGAACUAUUAUCAGUCAAACAUUCUGUGGUUUAACAAAUUGGUUCAACUGUCCCGUGUAUACUAAAGGUUUGAGCUUUGACUGUGAUGCUUUCAAAUCAUAUUUAUCUUGUUCUGACUCACUCACUUUGACUGAAAGUUAUUCAUUAAUCCCAACUACAGCACCUUCAUCUUCUUCUUUGAUAUCCUCCACUUUGUCCUCCUCAUAUUCAUCCUAUAUCAAUUCAUCAACCUAUGUCAACUCAUCAAUGUCCUAUUCAUCAACUUUGGCAAACUCUUCAUACUCCUUGCCAUCAACAAUGAUAAGCUCCUCUUCAAUUGCUGAAUCAUUUUCAUCCGGUAUUAGUUCAUCAGCUGAACAAAGCAGCACACUUGAUUCUACAGCAUCUGAACCAUCCUCAAUUUCCAAACCUGUUGUGUCACCAACAUCAGAUCUUUCUGGCUCUUCAUCACACUCAAGUAUUUUCACAACUACUUGGACUGACUCAGCUGGUCUAACUUCUACUGGUAUUGUUAGUGAAUAUCCAACUACUGGUACAGAUGGUGUUGUUGGUACAGGUACUACUACUAUUCCAAUCACUGCUUCUGGCUCUUCAGCUAGUGGGUCAUUAUCAUCCAGUUCAGGAUCUUCAGUUCCAUCUUCAAGUGGUUCUCUCAGUGCACCAUAUAUGACUGGUUUCUUGCAGGAUGGCCAACCACAUUGGAAUAUAGUUGUUCCUGGUAGUUUGGGUCCAUGGUCAUCUGUUGAAGUUCACUCUACCAACGAUGGCUCUCAUUAUGACUUAACUGACUUACAAAUGUUAGUUGACGGUGUUGUCGUGUCAGGUCCAUCUAAUUUAACAAAGAACUCUUAUGAGGCAUCUUUUGAAGACAUCAUUGAACGCUCAUCAAAUUUGGUGUUCUCUGUUUUUGCUCAAGCCAUUGCUGGUAAAAACUAUACAAACAAUGUUGAAGUUGCUAUUAAUACAAUUGAUGAUAAAAAAUUAGUUAAGAGGGCUGUUCUGAAGUUUUUGUUGUCUGCAACCAUCACUACCGAUGCUUCAUCUAUUGGUUCAAGCACUAGUGCUCCAUCAAGUUCUGAAACCUUGUCAUCUGGGUCAGCUUCUGGUGUUGCGUCAGAUUCGGCAUCAAUCACUGGUGGUGGCUCUUUUAGCUCAAGUUCUACUGUUGGUGAGCAAUCAACUACUGUGAUUACUGUUACUUCAUGCUCAGAUGAGAAAUGCUCUAGUGUUCCUAUUACCACUGGUGUCACUGCUGUUACUUCCACGGUUGAAGGUAUUGUUACCACGUAUACUACAUAUUGUCCAUUGACGUCUAUUGAAGCUCCAUCUACAACAGUUGUUACCAUCACAUCUUGUUCAAGUCAUGUUUGCUCUAAGGUAACUGCAACCACUGGUGUCACUGUUGUUACUGAGACGAAUGAAGGAACAGAAACUAUCUAUACUACAUACUGUCCGAUAAGCUCUAUUGCCCCAUCCCCAGAAAAUCCAAGCUCGAUGGGAUCAACUGCUGCACUCGUUUCAACUACUGGUGGUGCUUCUAACGUUCCACAAGGUGGUAAACCUGAAUCAGACGUUGGCUCUUCGCCUUCAAAGUCUGGUCCAAAUGGUAAUGCCCAAUCUGGUUCUGUUGUAUCACAUGGAAACGUUGGUGCUUCCUCUAAUACUGCUGCUACUGCUCCUGUUGGAUCAAAUUCUGGUACUGCUCCUGUUGUCGCUCAAGGUUCCCAUAACUCAGGUGUUGCUAUUGAUUCCACUUCUACACAAACAGUUCUUGCCACUGCUACUGUAUCAAAUGGUCAAGUAUCAGCUGGAAAGGGUUCCUCUUCUUCUGAAGUUGCUGCUGUCAAUGGUGCCUCAACUGUAGGUGCAUCGUCUACCAAGUUAAACCCAGAGGCAAGUACAUAUGAAGGUGCUGCUGGAAAGAACAUGAUGCUUUCUUCACUUGCCGGUGUGAUGGCUUUCUUUAUGCUUCUUGUUUGAUAUAUUUAUCUUGGUGUUUUGUUUUUUACGAUCAAAUGACUUCAUUAGUUCGUUACACUCUAUUUUCAUUUUCUAUUUCCCCUCUGAUAUUCUCUUUUUCUUUUUCUUUGAAGUGUCUUGUUCUCCUCUUGACUAUAUUGUUUGUCAAGAUAUCCAAUCUU